AUGAAGCCCCACAGAAUCAGGAUUUUCUACCAAGCCCGAACUAGAAUUAUUCUAUGCUUCUCUGUUCUUGGUCUUAUAUACGUGUUGGCUUUAGCUGGCAACAUCCUCAUCAUCACCACAACUUCCCUGGAUGACAGUCUCCAGUCCCCCAUGUAUUUCUUCCUGAAGCAUCUCUCCUUCCUGGAUCUCUGCUAUAUUUCUGUGACUGUUCCAAGAUUCAUUAUCAACACUUUCCUGCAGAGUGGGAACAUUUCUUUCUGGGAAUGUGUUUUUCAGUGCUUGGUGUUCACCCUCUGUGCUUGUGCUGAGAUGUACAUGCUCACACUGAUGUCCUAUGACCGCUACGUUGCCAUCUGCCAGCCGCUUCGCUACGAAAUCAUUAUGAAUGUAAGAACUUGUGUCCAUGGGGUCGUUGGCAUCUGGGUCAGUGGGACCAUCGCUGGAGUCAUGCAUACAGCAGCUACUUUCUCCAUAAAAUUAUGUGGUCCUCGCAUCGUUCACCAGUUCUUCUGUGAUAUUCCUCAGAUCUUGAAACUCUCCUGUUCUAAUGACUAUAUCUAUGAGGUUGGUGUCACUUUCUUCCUGGCUUUGGUGGGAUUUCUUUGUAUCAUCUUCAUAGGAUUCUCCUACAUGCACAUAUUUUAUUCUGUACUGAGGAUGCCAUCUGCUGAGGGCAGAGCCAAGGCAUUUUCCACUUGCCUCCCCCACCUCACUGUGGUCUUAUUAUUUAUUUCUACAGCUUCCUUUGAGUACUUAAAAUCCCAUUCAGAGACUCCAACUGUGUCAGACAUUUUUCUCACUGUUAUGUAUACAGUAGUUCCACCAACAUUCAAUCCAAUGAUCUAUAGCCUGAGAAAUAAAGCCGUUAAGUCAGCCCCAUUUCUUCCCGCUUUGCGAAGUAGAAUUUUGCGUGAAGGAGAUGCUGGUCUGAUCUCGUUUGGAAUUUUGAGACAACAGGAACAUUUGUCGGGCAAAACCUUUGAUUGA